UCGAUUACCCCCGAAAUCUCACUUGUAAUACCGCGUCCCUUACCUGCGGCCAGUGACCGUGCUACGCCACCUACGCCGUUUUCUCCGAUGAUCACCGGCGUUCAAGUCGCCGCCUUUUCAGAUUCCGAGAACGGUAGCAGCGUAUCCUUGCCGGAGACCAUUGAUCCCUGUCCGCCGGACGUCGAAGCCCUUCGCCGCCUGUCCGACAACCUCGGCUCUCUUUUCCAAUCUCCCGAGUUCGGUUUCUGCGCCGACGCCAUCAUUUCCGUUGGUCAAGCCGAGUUCGGCGUCCACCGCUGCGUGCUUUCGGCUCGCAGCCCCUUAUUCCGCGAUUUCUUCGCCAGGAAGGGGAGGACGAAGGUUGAGCUGAAGGAGUUGGUGGGAGAUUUUGAGGUGGGGGCCGAAUCGUUUGCGCUGGUUCUUGAAUAUCUGUACAGUGGGAGAGUGGGUGCGUUGCCAAAGGGCGUGUGUAUGUGUGCAGAUGAGGAAUGCUCUCAUGUCGGAUGCCGGCCGCUAAUCGAUUUCAUGGUUGAGGUGCUUUACGUGUCUUUCACGUUUCAGAUAUCUGAGCUCGUUAAUCUCUUCAAGGUAAGUUCAAUUCUUUUGUUUAGGUGUUUCAAAUUGGUUUUUUGCCCUGAGUUGACAAGGUUCGCGGAUUGGAAGAGAUUAAACAGAACCUUGUUAGUUUCUGGGGCUACAGAUAUGAAUCCCGUCUCUAUUUUCUUGGUGGGUGGACAGACUCCUGAGGCCUUUACAACCUGCCCCUCAUGUAAAAUCCCACUGGAACUCCUCCCCUCCAUCGGUCUCGUGCUCUCCUACUACACCAGCACCCACACAAUCUUCUCCAAUCGGAAGUCUCCCAUCCAGAGCAUCCCAAAACCAGCUGCAACUCUUCCUCUCGCCUUUAACCUUCGGUGGUCUACCUAUGCACGCUUUUCAAUGGCUGGGGAUGACUUACGUGGGAGAUUGUUGUACCUUGAAAAUAGAGUUGCAUUUGCAAGGAUGUUGUUUCCAAUGGAGGCAAGAGUCGCUAUGGAUAUUGCCCAAGUUGAUGGCACCUUGGAGUUUUCACUAGGCACUUCUGCAAGCCAUCGAUCCACAGUAGACUUGAAUGAAACACCUUUCAAGAUUAAGGAAGAGCAUCUAAUUCGAAUUAAAGCACUUUCCAGAACAGUUGAACUUGGGAAACGCUUCUUUCCCCGAUGCUCGGAGGUUCUGAACCAAAUUAUGGAUGAUGAUGUUACUGACCUGACUUCUUCUGGGAAUAAUUCCACCGAAUAUGGAAGGAAGAGGUACAUGGAACUCCAGGAUAUUUUAACCAAAGCUUUUACUGAGGAUAAGGAAGAGUUUGAUAGGUCUUCUUUGUCUUCGUCGUCGUCAUCCACAUCAGUAGUAAUUCAGGCAAGGAAUUUUGUUUAGAUUUGUGCUGUUUUUGAACCAGAUUCUAUCUUUUGCAGCCAUUUUAGCUUUUGCAGCCAUUUUUGCUUUUGCAUGUAAAUACUUUCUGCUGAAUGUUUUAGCAGUAAAGGCUUUUAAUCAAAUUUUGUUUAUGUAAAUAUAGUCUUGAUCAAUAAAUAUAUGUGCAUUUUUCUA